UAUGGUAUGUAUCUUUAUUCUGCAACAUCAAACACAACAAAACAAACCAAGUGCCAAAAAUCCUUUCUUUAUCUUAGCUCCAAAAGUUAAGAAGUAGCGAAAAGAUACCCCAAAAAAAGAAAGAAAAAAUUAGAAAAGGGAAAUUUAAAAGAGGAAAGAGGAUCAUGAAUCUGGAAUGUGCUUUUAUUGAGGUGGAACACUAUUGUGAAAUUAAAAGGAAUCAUUUCAAAAUUCCAGAAAUAAAAAGGAAAGGAAUUAUUCAGCAGAUAAAAAUUGAAAUGUGUUUUGAGGGGUUCUUUCAGAAUCAAUCAAUCAUUAUUAAUUCGGCAUCAAAAUUUGUGGGAUCUCGCAAGUGUGCUAUAAAACCCCUCCUCUCAUUCUUAAUUUUGGUGAUGGAAUGGAAUCUCUGCAUGCAACUUCAGCCACAUCAUUUCAGACAUCAACAGAGAAGGCUGAUCACAUCUAGAAGACUCAAUAAAACUGCUUUUCAAUGGCAUUACAGUCUUUGUCUUUCGUGACCUUGCUGGCAUAUGGUUCACUGAUAACUCUUGUCGCAUUGACGCCGUGCUGGUAUGUCAUGGUCACCCAUAUGGAGAAACGCGCAAAUUUGAACUCACAAAAUAUUGUAUCCCAUUUGCAAUCAGAAAUUGAGUACUCAGCUGACCUUUUGCACCCAAUGAAAUCAUCAUCAACAAAUUUAGCUAGAUUGUUGAAUUCACCCCUUGAUUCUUCUACUAACAUAUCUUUCUCUGAUAUUAAAACCAAGAUAGCUCCAUUACUAUUUCAAGCAUUUGUGACUGUUCCUCACUUAACUCAAAUCUCAUACAUAGGAAUGGAAGGUUUCUUUUUCUCAUACUCUAGUGAUCAUAAUCAAACACUAGCAAUGUACUCUAACUCAUCAUCUAUGUCUUCUAAUGGAAUUGCCUCAAAUAAAACCUUAUACUAUAUCCAGCCUGUGAAUAAUGAAACUGGAGAGGUUUUUGGAGAAGCCAUAAUAUCAAACUCCUCUAUUAAUACAAGUUGGAUUAAGAGAGCAGCUAAUCUUUCAGAUGGAUUUGUCUCAUUAGGAACCAAAUGGAACAAUGGCAGUGAUAUUUUGUUCCUCAGUUAUGCUAGAGUCACAAAAGUAGGAGUGAUCUCUCUAGGACUUUCAGCAAAAGCAAUAACUGAUUUUGUUACUCGUGUCGACCGUUUAGGCACAAGCUCGUAUUUGGCUACCAAAGAUGGAAAAAUUCUUGUGGAAGGGAUUCAACAUAUCAAUUUGAUUAUUUCUAAUGAUUCAGUUAACUUACAAUCAGUGAAUGCAAAUGGAGAUUUCAUAAAGAAUGAGGGCACUGUCUCAUGCAAGGAUGAAGCUAUUGCUACUAGUUUGAAUAUUCAAGAUAUUAAAUAUCUAAUCCAAUGCUACCCCAUUGAUAUAAUGGGAAUCGAAUCGGUGUAUGUUUUGGCUGUCCCAAGAAAUGGAUUUGAUGUAAGUUAUAAGAAAAAGGGAUUGGCUCUGUUGAAUGUAAUGAUGGUAAUGAUACUUGUUGCUGUCUUUGCUUUUCUAUUUAUAGAUUCUAGAGCCAUAAGGAGAGAAAUGCAUUUGUGUGCUUCACUCAUCAAACAAAAGGAGGCUACACACCAAGCUGAGAAAAAAAAUAUGAACAAGAGCCUUGCUGUUGCUAGUGCCAGCCACGACGUUCGCGCUUCGCUCGCAGGCAUUAUUGCUCUCAUCAAACUUUCCUCUAAGUUAGUUGUCCCUGGUUCGGAAUUGUCAUCCAAUUUAAUCCAAAUGGAGGAUUGUACACAAGACUUUCUAGGACUAUUGAACUCUAUUCUUGACACAAGCAAAAUUGAGGUAGGAAAAAUGCUACUCAAUGAAGAAGAAUUUGAUCUAUCCCAUCUGCUAGAAGAAGUGGUUGAUAUAUAUCAUCUUGUGUCUAUGGAGAAAGGUGUAGAUCUUAUACUGGACCCUUGUAACGGUUCUAUCAUAAAAUAUUCGCAGGUGAAAGGUGACAAGCAAAGACUUAAACAAGUUUUGUGUAAUUUGUUGAGCAAUGCUGUCAAAUUUACAAAAGAAGGUCACAUAACGGUUCGGGUUUGGGCUCAGAAGCCGACAUUAAGUAACUCUAUAAUCAAGACUAACCAACAUAGUAUCACGAAACAUUUGUCAUGCUUAUUUUCUAAGAAAAAUGAACCAGAGGAGGACCUAGAAAAAACCAUGAACUCGGUCAAACAGGAACUGCAUUCUAUGGAUUUUGUUUUUGAAGUGGAUGAUACAGGAAAAGGUAUUCCCAAAGAGAAUUACAAGUCUGUGUUUGAGAAUUAUGUUCAAGUCAAAGAAACUGAUCCUGUCCAAGAAGGAACUGGCUUGGGACUUGGAAUUGUGCAGUCAUUGGUACGUUUGAUGCAUGGAGAUAUUGGAAUUGUGAACAAGAACAUUGGUGAAAAAGGAACAUGUUUCAGAUUCAAUGUGCUCCUAAGUAUAUGUGAAGGUGAAACAGUGACAGAUUUUAGCACAAGGGAAGCUCUUGAGUGUGGACCAAGUAACAGGAAUCAAGCUCAAGGGAGAACCUUUCAUCCUAUUACUUCUGGUUCAAGCAUUUGUUCCAUGAGUCCCAUGUUAAACAUUUGCAGCUCUAGUCCUAGGCUCGAGGCUUCCCGUGUUGUUCUUUUCAUCAGAAAUGAGGAGCGUCGGAGGACUUGUCAUAGGUUCAUGAAGAGUUUAGGGAUUAAAGUUAAGGUUGUGAAUAGCCAAGAAGAUCUUUUUGAUACUCUAGAGGAGAUCAAACAGAAAGGCCGCCGUUCUGGUGGCCCGAGUUCUCCUGAGUCUUCCAAUUUGAGUUCUUAUUCUGCAUCUCAUAAUUCAUUUGCAAGAGCCAGAGGUGUUCCUUUGAGUGCUAUGGAUGGAACUGAGUAUAUAUCUUCAGUGUUCAAGAAGACAAAUACUGGAGCUGUACCAGGUUUCAUCUUGAUUGUCAUUGAUACAAAUGCAGGACCAUCAUUUCCUCAACUUUGUGAAAUUGUGUCAACCUUCAAGAAGGGCCUUCACAACCGUUGUAAUGUUGUUUGGUUGGAUAAUCCACAUAUUCAUCGUAUCGAUUCCAAAGCAAUUGAUCAAAAUGACAUUGUCAUAUCGAAACCGUUUCAUGGCAGUCGCUUAUUCCAAGUCAUAAUGCUUCUUCCUGAGUAUGGUAAUGUUUGGCAGCAAAACAUUAAGAGAGAAACAACUCAUGACAGGUCAAGUUUAUCAAAACAUCGGUUGUCGGACAGAUCAGAUUCAGAAGUAUUCUCAUUUGAUGGAAGUCCAUGUCUAAGUGUUUGGAAGGGAAUUCAGAAAUCUUGCAUUCGAAAAUCUCCGGUUCAUCAAGGAGAAAUAUACGAAAUUGGAGACUCAAGCAGUUCUAAACCUUUGCAUUGCAAGAAAUUUCUGGUUGUUGACGAUACUAAAACUUUACGGAUGUUAGCUACGAGUAUACUGGUUUCGCUCGGUGCAACUGUCGAGCAAUGUGAGAAUGGCGAAGAAGCUGUGAGACUAGUUCAUGAGGGUCUAUCAAGAGAUCUUCCUAACCUUCCUUAUGAUUACAUCUUAAUGGAUUGCCAGAUGCCAGUGAUGAAUGGUUUUGAGGCAACAAGGCGGAUACGAGAGAUGGAGAAGUCGUACGGUGUUUGCAUGCCUAUCAUUGCAUUAACUGCAGAUAUUGACAGUUCAACGGCGGUGACUGGAAUGGACUUUCAUAUAGAGAAGCCCCUUAGAAAAGAGCAUUUACUUGAAGCCAUCAGAUACUUAAACAGGAGUGACAUAAUGUAGAAACCUUUUCUACGUUAUUUUGUAGAAACAACAAAACCGGCUGUUUGUUUGAGUAUUGAUAGAAGUAUAUUUUCUUUUGCUAUAGGGGGAAUAUACUUUGCAUACUUGCUAGUUCCAAACCUCUAUGUAUUGGGAGAUGUUUGAUAACUCCUUAUCAAUAUCGAUUUUUCAGUACAUUUUAUUGUUGUUUAUUUUAUUUAUUUGUGUGUUUAGUUAUAGUUUAGCUUGUUUAGUUAUAGUUUAGGUUGGCCUUUGAUAAUAAAUUCAGCAUUUGAAUCUUAAGCCUAAUAAGUCUUUAGAUUGAUAAUUUCUCCCUAACUAGACAAUUCUCGAUGUGUUAUCUAUUUUUUUUUUUUGUUUAGCUAUUGCAGGUAAUCAUAUGAAGUGGAACAAUAGGAGGGAAGUGACAUAGUCUGGUGGUGAAAAGAGCUCAAAAUGUGUUCAAGUUGUCAAGGCU